AUACUACGUUUAUCCUCUCUCUCCCUCUUCUCUAGAGCUCUAGAAAUUUCUUUGUACUUUGUAAGUUGCCGGCGGCGUAUUCUGUAGUAUUUUAUUUUCUUUGAUAGCUAUUUAUUUGCUAUUUGCCAAGCAAUUUAAACUAAGUACGUGGCGAGAAGCGGCUGUGUAAUUUAUUAUCAAUAUCAAACUAGAUUAUCAAGUAUGCCUGUCCCGUCCCUUCAACAACCCGCUCCAGUAUUCAAAGGCACAGCUGUUGUCAAUGGCAUGUUCAAAGAGAUCUCUCUCGAAGAUUACAAAGGCCAAUUUGUCGUCCUCUUUUUCUAUCCUCUAGACUUCACAUUCGUGUGUCCUACUGAAAUUAUCGCCUUUUCUGAUGCUAUAGAAGAUUUCAAGAAAAUUAAGACGGCUGUUGUCGCUUGCUCUACUGACAGCCAGUUUUCUCACUUAGCAUGGGUCAACACACCUCGCAAACAAGGAGGAUUGGGUGAAAUGGCCAUUCCUUUGCUGGCAGAUAAAUCGAGUGCUAUUUCCAAAGCUUACGGUGUUUUGGAUGAAAAUACUGGUAUUCCGUUCAGAGGAUUGUUUAUUAUUGAUGGAAAAGGAAUUCUAAGACAAAUUACCAUAAAUGAUUUGCCGGUGGGGCGUUCAGUUGAAGAAACUCUUCGUCUCGUCCAAGCAAUCCAAUUCACAGACGAACAUGGAGAAGUUUGCCCAGUAGGAUGGAAACCCGGCCAGAAAACCAUGAAACCAGAUACCAAUGCAAGCAAAGAUUAUUUUUCAUCAGUUAACUAAGAAUAAUGUACUCCUAAAAAUAACAAUUUACAUAUUAUACAACAGUGUUAGUUUUUUGUUUUUGUAAUUUUUUACUUUUGUCCGUUUUUUCAGUUAUUAUGUAGAAUGUACAACUAAUAAAAAUGUUUAUUUUCUUCAUA